GCAGUUGCAUACGCUAAACCCAAAGGCAGGCACAGAGAGAAGAAGAGAUUCCUCAACGAGGAGGAAAAGAAAAGAAAGGAAACAGAGAGAAGCGUUGAUGACGAAUUGCUUUUCUUUCUUUCUUUUGCUUUGGAAGGGUCAGCACCCAGCAGAAACCCAACCCUUUGACAUGGAAAUAUGAGAUUACUUAUCUUUCUUUCCUUUGCUUUUCUUUUACUCUAUCAGUGGCUAUGUCUUUCAUGUGUUUUCGCUUUCUUUUAUGGUUAAAGUGUGUACCCACAUGUGCAACCUUUCCUAACUUGCCUCACUUUGCCUAGUUAGACUUUGUUUGGAUCUCAUCUAACCCUCAAGUUCAACCAGUCUAGUGUGACUUGGCUAGUUCACUCUUCCUUCUCUCUAUAGUGUCAACGCCAAGGCAGCCAAUUUGUAAUAACAAAAAGGGAGAGCUAGCUAACACAGGAAGCUUCCUACUCCCCUUCCCCUACUUAGCCCUGUUCUGCUUUUGCUCUUUUUGUUGGAUUUGUCGUUGUGCCUUCUCUUUAAAUUCCAAAGAUAGAAGACCCACCCCACCACUCCACUACUAAUCCUGCUGCUUGUUACUGUUUCAGUAUCAGUGUCACUCGCUGUCUUAAUUCUCUCAACUCCUCCAUUCAGGUCGCACCAGUUGGCAUUUUCAAGUUCUAAUCCAUGGAGCACCAUGAUUCCUGGUCUUCAGUUCCAAGUCGGAAGAGGAAGUUGCAAGAAGAAGAUGAGCGCAUGCUUAGCUUCUGCAUCGAUGAGCUCAAUCAAGACCUUCUUGAAAGGGUUCUUUCCUGGCUUCCAACCUCCACAUUUUUUCGCCUUAGGUCAGUUUGCAAGAGAUGGAAAUCAGUAGCAGAUUCUGCAAGUUUCAAGUUUGCCUGCUCUGAGAUUCCUUCAAGAGAUCCAUGGUUUUUUAUGGUCAAUCCCCAGCUUAACAAAUGGACCAUCUUUGACUCUGCUGAAAGAAGUUGGAAGAAACUCAAUCAUCCACCUCUCUUCCAGCAAAGUUCUACCUCCAACUCAAUGCCUGUGGCAGCUUCUGGUGGCUUAGUCUGCUUACGCAAUGAAACAGGUGACUUAAUUGUAUGCAAUCCCGUCACAGGAUCCUGCCGCAAACUCCCUCCGGCCAAUCAAGCCAUUGAAAAUCUAUCUCUCCAUGCCAUUGCAAUAAGAACAUGUUUUAAAAGACAGCAGUCUUACAAACUUGUUUUGGUCUCUGGUGAACUACCAACCUUAUCAUGCAAAAUCUAUAAUUCAAGUACCAAUUGUUGGGAAGAGGAGAUUUUAUUGAAAAGAAAGGUUGUUGAGUCUCAGGAAUUCGACUCAAAUGAUGAAAAUGCUGUGUAUUUCCUUAGCAAGGCCGGAAAUGUUGUGGCAACAGACAUGCAAAGAAGCCCAUCUAAGCAGUACUCAUCAAUUAUGACCGUUAAAGAUGGAGAGGAAAUUGCUUAUUUCCUUAGCUCCUCUGGUACGAUUGUAGCUUGCAAUCUGACCCACAAGUGCUUCUUUGAGUACCCCAGGCUAUUGCCAGUCUUUUAUGAAUACUCCAUUGAUGUGGUGGAAUGUGGAGGAGAAAUGCUAGUUGUUUUGCUAUCAGAAUUCUUUGGAAGUGCAAGCCUUAGGGUCUGGAGGUUUGAUGGGGUUAUUCGAUCCUGGCACCAGAUUGCAGUAAUGCCUCCGGCAAUGUCUCAAGAGUUUUAUGGGAAGAAUGUGGACAUAAACUGUGUUGGAGCUGGUGACCAGAUAUUUAUCUGCUUAAACUCUUCUGAGUUCUUCAGCUAUAUUUUGUGUGAUUUGAGGACCAAUGAUUGGGUCGAAUUGCCUAAGUGCUUCAGGAACGGCGAAGCUGUGGAGUUCAUGUCUGCCUUCUCAUUCGAGCCAAGGAUUGAGGCUUCCGUCUGAAAACAAGAUUAUUUUGCAGAUGAGAUUGUAAUUGCUAUUUGUGAAUUUUUCUUUUCUUUUCUUCCAUCUCGUUGUUUGCUUUCUCUGUUGUAUUUUUCUUAUAUUCUUUUAUGGUUGAUUAUUUUGGCAAAUUAGCCAGUAGACGUUGGCUUGAAGUUGACUAUGGAAAUUUGACAUUUGACAGAUUUAUUGAUGA